AUGAUUGGGUCGGAUCAUAGUCCCAUUUUAGCAACCUGUUUGACAACAAUUCGGAGACGGCAAAGGCAGUUUAGGUUUGAUAAACGAUGGUUGGGCAAGGAAGGCUUAGUUGGGGCGGUUGAGUCAGGGUGGAACCGGACAAGGAACUUUCGGAUUCCGGGUUUCAUCGAUAAGAUAAGGAAUUGUAGGAAUUCGAUCUCCUGGUGGCAGAAAAAUAAUGUUAGUUCUGGUCCGUCUGUCAUUGCUUCCUUGAAGACGGCGCUUCAAGAGGCGAAAAUGGAUGAUUCGAUUCCACAGGCGGAAAUUAGGGACAUUGAGAGGAAACUAAAAGAGGCAUAUCGUGAUGAGGAAAUUUAUUGGCAACAGAAAAGUAGAAAAUUCUGGCUAAGGGUGGGGGACAAAAAUACAUCAUAUUUUCACGCAUCUACCAAACAACGGCGAGUGCGUAAUAGGAUUGUUGGCUUAUUUGAUGCCAAUAACGUUUGGAAUGAAUCAAGUUCCGGCAUGGGGAGGAUUGCUACAUCAUAUUUUGAGGAUCUUUUUAAGAAAUCGGAUAGUAGGGGUAUUUCCAGAGAUGCUUCAAGCAGUUACUCCGACUAUUACGGAUAG